UUGUCGCCAACACCACCCCGUUAGUCCUCCUCAUGCAGGAGGAUAUCCGCUGCCACGACGAAAAGGUAGCGAGUGGUGGUGUUCAAUCAGACAUACGGAAGCGACAACGGGAGGAGACGAUGAGGCGCUGGCAGGACCAGUGGACAACGGGUGCAGGGCAACCAGGAGCACCAGGACUGAAGACGAGGAGGCUGAUUCCAGACAUAAUUCUCUGGGUCAGCCGCAAGCAUGGGGAUGUCGACUUUUUCCUCACCCAGCUCCUCACGGGGCACGGGUUCUUGCGCUCCUAUUUCGUCGAGAAAGGUAUCCUGGAAGGCUCGCCCAACUGCCCCGAAUGUGGGGACGCCGUGGAAGACGUUGAACACGUUUUCUUUUCGUUUCUUCCGGCUUUCUUUUUCUCUUCUCUCAUCUAUUUUCUCAUCUUCUCUCAUCCAUUGCCCACCCGAACCGUGGGCGAUAGGACCAAAGGGACCGCGUCGCACCACGGAAAGCAGCGUAAUAAGCAGAAUCAUCAGACCAGAUCGCCGCAGAAGAUGCGUCGUGACCCAGGGUGCAACCGCACACACGACUCCGCAUGAAGUAAUACGCACCACAAGCGUACCGGCCGAGUUGGAUAUUAUGCCUUUUUCGAUUAUAAGGACGCAUGGCCCAAAAGGCUUUUCUGAACUUACACUAGUGCCAGAUGGUUGGAUCCAGAGUACCAGUGCUGGGAAAAGUUAUGUGUAUUGGCCCAAAGGAGACAUAGCUAAGCUGAUCAAAGUUGAAACAAGUACUCCUUCAUCUGGAUGGACGAGACAAGCGUGUGUAGUUCAAAAAUCAAAUAUUUUAUCUUUACAACAAGGUAUAGCUAUACUUAGCGAUAUGUCAGGAGAAUCGAGUGAUGAUUCUUGUAUCAUACAAUCCGUAAAAACUAUGUAUAGGCAGCGAUUUGGCCAGAGAGCAUUAGAAAAUGCUAACAAAGUUAACUCCUUGUCUGAAUGUUGUAUACAGUUAGAAACAGGCACUUUAGCUACAGGUUGCUCACAAUUCAAGACAGACACUUUAGCUAAAGGUGGUUCACAGUUAGAGAGAGACAUUUUAACUUAUGGUUGUGCACAAUUUGAUUCAAAUACCUCACCCAAAGGUUGUUCACAGUUAGAGACAGACUUCUUCUUCUUCUUUGGCUCAACAACCGAUGUCGGUCAAGGCCUGCCUGUACCCACUAGUGGCCUUGGCUUUCAGUGACUAAUUGAUUCCCCCCCAUCG